AUGGUCAAAGUCACAGUUGCUGGUGGCUCUAACGGUCUUGGUCGAGUCAUUGUCCGUGCCAUUGCAGCCACCGGCAAACAUGAGGUUUCGGUGCUCUCAAGACAGCACAAAGAAACUGAUUCCAUUCCCGUGCUGGUUGCAGAUUACUCUAGUCCGGAGAGUAUCGCUGAUGUCCUCCGGUCCAACGGCACUGAAGUCGUCAUCUCUACCAUCGGCAUCCUUUUUGAAGAUACCCACCAGGCUCAAAUGAACCUUAUCGAAGGUGCUGAAAAGUCUGGAACUGUUAAACGAUUUGCCCCUAGCGACGGGUACCCGUGCCAAGUCCCCGGCCUCGAGGGCUACAAGGGCAACACCUACAAGAUUGAGGCUGUCAAGAAAUUGAGAUCCACUAGCAUGGAAUCUACCCGCUUCAUCAUUGGGUUUCUGAUGGAUUACUACGGUGCCCCGGCUGAGUUGCCUCCUGUCUUGCCUCUUGCCGUGGUCCUUGACAUGGAGAACAACAAGGCAGCUUUACCUGGUACCGGUGAUGACAAGGUUACUCUGACGCAUUCCGAAACGAUUGGCAAAUUUGUCGCCGCCAGUUUGAAUCUGAAGGAGUGGCCCGAGAAGUCGUGGAUCAUCGGGGACACGUUGACUUGGCGGGAGGCACUUGGUCUUGUUGAAAGCGCGCGCAAGAUCAAGUUUGAUGUCCACUUCGACUCCAUCGAUGGCCUGAAAGAGUCGAAGAUUACGGAACUCCCUGGCAACGUCUCAAAGUAUGGGUUAGUUGGAAAGCCAUUCAUCGACGGAAUGAUGUCGCUUUGGUCUCUGGGAUUCGCCUGGGGCUGGUAUGACUUGACUUCGUACAAGAAGUCUGAAAAGACACUGAAUGAGGUGUUUCCAGAGUUGGAGACGCUCACGUUCAAGAGCUUCAUUUCACGCUGCUUUGAGGAAGAGGUAAAGUGA